AUGCCUUCCCCGCCCUCGGCUCAACCCUUAAAAGUCCCUGCAACUCCGUCCAAGUCUUCGGAAGCGGAUAAAGACAAGACCCCAGUCGCCACCAAGCAGCAGGCACCCUCGAAAUUGGGAACGAUAGCUCCAAACGACAUCUCAAGCCCUCAUGAAUUGACAGCUUUCGUCGAAACACUUCUGGAGCAGCUGGAUACCAAGUUCGACGAUAUGUCUACCCAGAUUCUGGACAGAAUGAAUCAAAUGUCCACGCGAGUGGAUGCGUUGGAAGCAUCAAUACAGGACAUCAUUAAUGGAGACAUCAGCGUGCCGCAAUCGCCAUCCCCUAGUACGCCGGGUGGGAUAAGGCGAAGUGACAGCGGCAUUUAA